AUGUCCAAUACAAAAUUUCCUUCAGUUUCAAUUAAUGAAAAGUAUAAUUCAAUCACAUUAUAAGGUUAUAGAAACGUAUAUUGAGAUCAAAGAUAGUAAAGAUAUUGAACAGUUAGUUUUAGAAUUAUUGUCACAAAUUCUUAAAAAUUGAGAGAUUAUAAUCAGAAAUUGAAACUAGGAAGUGUGAAUUUGAUUUAGAAGAUUAAAAUUUAAUAUAACUACUACCUAUUCAUCCACCAAUGAAAUUUACUUAAGAAGAAAAACAUCAUUGCUAAAGAAUGAAUAUUAACAUUCCAACUCCUUUAGAAAUGUAAUAAAAAUUAAAGGCAUAGUUAACACAUUAAGAAUUAUUAGAAGUAGUUAAUCAAUCUAAUUUAUUAGAUUGGAGAAGAUCCAGCUUAUUUUAUUUAAGAUGAAGAAAUGAGAAGAUUGAAUUGGAAUGAAGAAGAUUGGUUAUCAAAAUCUCAUACACAUUUAAAAAAGGAAAUAAAAGAUAUUCCUAAAAUAAAAUCUAAUAGCAAUUUAUUAAAAAUAAAAAAACCAACCAUAAGAUCAAAUACUGAAGAUAGAACUGAGAGAAAGAAUAAAGUAUCAAAUACGAUAUUUAUAAAUAAAAGAUGAUUGAUGAAUAUGUUAAAAGAUUACAUGAAAUUAAUGAAAUCAAUUUUUAGAAAGUCAAAUAUAAUCAAGAGACAAAAGAAAUAGAAAAAUAAAAAGAGUAAGCAAAGAUGAAUGAAAAAUUUAAGUCUAAAAUAGAUGUCUAAAUAAAAAAGUAAGAUGCGAAACAUGAAAGUCAUCAAAGAAUAGCUGAGUUUAAAUAACAAUAACAAUAGAUGAUCAACGAAAAAAUGGAUUAACAUAAGUAUAUAUAAAUAAUGAAUUUAUUUAGGAAACGAAUAAUAGAGGAGGAAGAGAUGAUUAGAUUACAUCAAAGAUUGAAAUAGAUAUGUUAAAAUAAGUAGGUUAAUAGUCUAAUAGAUUUGAAUCUCAAAGAUAGAAUAGAUAAAGCAAUAAAAUGUUAAACCAAUAAAUGA